AACUAGGAAUAGCUUACUUUAUUCCGUCGGAGAUAUAAUCCAAAAGCACGUAAUUACGGGUACCUAGCCGCCAGCCGGAAACAACGGGGAAAGCCGGGAACCCCGCUCCGCGAUCGCUAACUGACUCCGAAUAUUCUGUGCGGCGGUAAUUACACAGAUCGGGUAGCUCCUUUGGCGUUAAACACGCUCACCUAAAGCGGCCUCGGUAAAUACAGCAUGGGUUUCUAGGGCGCGAGAGGUUCAGACUUACUGCGAUUCUUAGAGCCUAGACUACCUAUCCAAGAGUUAUGGUAGUAGCUCAGCUUGACAAGAUAAGACUACCACAAAGGUCCCUUAUACAUUCAAUCACCUUGUGUUUCUUUCCUUUAGUUACUAUUCUGAACGACCAAAGUACACAGAAUUAAACACUAUUCAGCACACAAAAGAAGAGGAACCGGAAUCAUGGCAGGCCAAACGUAUGGUCCCGGAACGACCGUGGACGUGAACUUUGAACCCGUCCCUCAAGAAUGCAAACGCCUAUUGCGUUUACUCGCGUCGCGCACUCCAGGUUUCACGACUGACGAGGCCUUGCUGAACAAGGUUGCCUUUGAAGGCGAUGAUUUGCCUUGCAUCCCAGGUCCGAUCAAGUCUCAGGCUUUCACCGCGACUUUACAGGCCAUGUUCGGCCUUGUCAACCUUGAGAUCGCCACCCUGAGAGGAUAUGAUACCAAGGACACUACUAUCACCAUCGACACCAACCAUGCUGGUCUCUACCCAGCAACGCCGGCCCUUGUCACCAUCGAUGGUCUCACAGGACCCGGCGUCAUCAAAAUGGAUACCGUCCCUCAAUGGGACAAGGACCGCCAGUCUGGCUCGCCCCUCGUCUUCCGCGCAACUGCAAUCUACGAGACGGCUGAUCCGGGAGUUUGGUUCCAGUUUCACGGAUCGCUUGACCCAUGGAAGGCUCUCGCACAUAUCGGCAUCAGCAGAGACCUUGAUGCCACCAUCCGCACUAACGAUGCUGCGUACAAACUUAUCCAGGAGCACGUCAAGAAAUAUCGGGCCCGCGAGCUUGAGAUGAUGAUGUUCGAGCAGGGACUGUCAGGUUCCAUCGUCCACUCGCCUGAAGGUUGGCGCAGGACGGAGAUGGGAAAGCUGCUGGGCCGCCACCCGCUGGUCAAUUAUAGGAGCCAGGCUCAGUGCCCUGCCCUCCCUCCAGCAGUCUUGCCUUCCUUGGCCGACAAGAGACCUCUCGCAGGCGUAAAGGUUGUUGAGCUGGUUCGGAUCAUCGCUGGUAGCGCCGCUGGUGCGGCACUCGCGUCCAUGGGCGCUGACGUUAUUCGUGUCAACUCCUCCAAGAUCAAAGACUACACGCCUGCGCAGCCAUCCUCCUUGAUGGCCGGCAAAUCGACAAUCGAUCUUGACUUGACCGACAAAGAAGACCACGCUAAGCUGAUUAAGCUAUUCGAGGAAGCCGACGUCAUUCUUCAAGGAUAUCGCCUCAAGUCAUUCGAGCGGAAGGGCUUCGGCCUCAGUGCCGCCCUGGCUAUGGCCAACAAACGUGGCAAGGGUAUCGUCUAUGUUGACGAGAACUGCUACGGACCCGAUGGCCCCUAUGCCGAAAGGCCUGGAUGGCAGCAGGUUGCUGAUGCUGCAGCCGGCAGCUCCUGGAUCAUCGCCCAGAUGUUCAACAAGCCCGAUGGCCAGGGAAUCCUUCCAAGUCUCCCCAUCUCAGACAUGUCAACCGGUAUCUUGACCGCGCUUACAAUUGUGUGUGCAAUCCGGGACCGUACCAAAUUUGGAGGCUCCUACCAUGGCCACGCCGCGCUUGUGGGAUACAACAUGGCAACCCUUGACCCCGAAGUCCGACUCUACCAGCGGGAGGUCGUCCAAUCCAUCCAGGAUCAAUAUGGCUUUGCGCCUUGGUCAAGUGACGAGCAUGUUGCGCCUCUGUACUACGAAAUCAUGCGAGCUUGGAGAGAGAACAGCAAGCUUUUCGAGGACGAAAAGUACUAUGUCCACUUCAACGACACUGUCUUCGGCUCGGAUGUCCGCACUCUUGGACCUAUCGUCAAGUACAGUGAUGAUCAGCUGACACCGAGGUGGACCUCCCCGCCGGUCCCGUUCUGUUACCAUCAAUACAGGACGUUCAGCGAGGAGAAGAAGGUUUCAGAGAAGCCGUGGCAACAGGGAACCCUAGCAUAGAGGAGAUUUUGAAUU